AUGGACGCAGCCCCAGGCCUGCUGCUGGCGGAGGCUCGCCGCGCCGCCGCGGCGGCGGAAAACGAGGGAGUGCUCACGAAGCGCAUCUGCGACCAGCGCACGCUGCAGCACUGGAAGCUGUCGGCUUCGCACGCCGCCCUUAUGCAGUUUGCGAACGACCUAGCCGAGGCCGUUGUCGGCCGCGCGGUGUCGGACACAUGCGAGGAGCGGCCGGUGAUCGGCGCGCUCCUGGCCGAGUUCGACGCGAUGGCAGCGUGGAUCGACGAGAUCCCGCCAAUCCAGCAGGCGAUGCGCUAUGGGAACAAAGCCUUCAAGGCGUGGCACGCGCGGAUGGCGGAGCGCGCGCCGGCCCUGAUGGCGGAGCUGCUGGAGCAGCGCGCGGCGCCGGAGAGCGGCGCGCCAGCAGCGCCGGCCGACGCGGCCGCGGAGCUCGCCGCCUACUUCGCCGAGGCGUUUGGGUCGCCGACCAGGAUCGACUACGGGACGGGGCACGAGCUGCAGCUCCUCGCCUGGCUCCGCGGCCUCGAGCUGAUGCAGGUGCUCGAUCCGGCAGACAGGCCCGCCGUGGUGCUGCGUGUCUUUGAGCGGUACCUGGCGCUGAUGCGGCGGCUCCAGACCACGUACUGCCUCGAGCCGGCCGGCUCGCACGGCGUGUGGGGGCUCGACGACUACCAGCACCUCGUGUUUGUCUUUGGCGCGGCGCAGCUGGUCGGGCACGCGCGGAUCCAGCCGUCGUCUAUCCACGACGAGGAGCUGCUCGCCGAGGCGGGGGCGGACUACCUCUACCUCGCCGCCGUCGCCUUCAUCCGCAAGGUCAAGAAGGGGCCCUUUGGGGAGCACUCGCCCUACCUGAACGACAUCUCCGCCAUCGACUCGUGGGACAAGGUGGUCAAGGGGCUGCUGCGCAUGUACGAGGGCGAGGUGCUCGGCAAGCUGCCGGUCGUGCAGCACCUCCGCUUCGGCGCGCUCCUGCCAUGGGCGACCCCGUACAACGACUGA